GGAAGGCUGCGGGAUGGAGGAUAUAGAGGAAGUGAAGGCAAAGAGGGGGUGACUUCAUCGUUGUCAUAGAGGGGAGGUGCAGGGUGAGAAAUAAGGCUGGGUUGAUAUGUCUCAGUGAGGAUAAACAAGAAGGCAGGGUGUGCGUCAUCUGUCACAGAAGAUGCAGGUGGGAGGAACGUAAAGGCAUGGUUGACUUCCAUGACAAGCACAAGAAGAUGGCAGUGCUGUCAAGGAGAAAUGAGACAGGGUGGACUUGAACUCUGAGUCACGGAGUGGCAGUGAAGGCAGCACUGACUUCAUUGUAAUGUCGUAGAGGAGGCAGAAUUGACUUCAACUUUAUGCCGUAGAGAGAAGGUGCAGGUAUGAGAAAGGAGAAUGCAGGGUUAACUUCAACUUCUGUCAGAGUUGUCUGUCAAUGUGCAGGGAUGAGAAAGGUAGGGAGGAAUUUAACCCUGUGUCACAUAACAGCGGUGAAGGCAGAACUGACUUCAACUUUAUGUCACAGAGAGAAAGUAGAAAGAAGGCUGGGUGGACUGGAACUCUAAUAGAGUGGCGGCUGAAAGCAGACUGCCUUCAGUUUUGGUUAUAGAAAAGAGGCGUUGUCAGGAGAAAGAAGGCAAGGUUGAAUUAAGCUGGUGGCAGUAAAGGCUAGAUUUACUUCAUUUUUAUGUCAGAGAGAAGGCAGGCUUGACUGACUUUGAGAAAGACGGUCCAGUCAAGAGAAUGAAGGCAGGGUUGACUUCAACUUUAUGCCAUGAUGUUUGUUUGGCUGUAGAUAAACAACCAGUGCAGCAUUCUAAUGUCAGCUGGCACUAAAAAACAAGUUAUGCUAUGGAAGUGUCAUGUCUUGUUAUGGUAGAGCUGUCUCAUCUACAGUAAUGUCGAUGCAUUACAUAAACAUGCAGAACUCAUUGUGCUCCAGUCAUCUCUCCUGUGCGAUCAAUCCAUUAGUCCAUUGUAGCUCUAGUCUAAUGCAAACAUCUCACUAAUGCUCAUUAACAGCAGCAGCUUUAUCGAUUCCUGCCAGUGUUUAGGAAUUCAGGCUGCAUGCUCUGACUUGAUCUCCUUUUCAAAAACAUCACCCACUGCGCUGACGUCAAAAGGGGUCCUCCAUUCUCCCCUUAAAGGGCUAGUCCAUAGUAACAGGCUUAUGCACGAGCAGAAUGCGGCACUUUGCCUUCAUAGCCAGGGACGCCUCACUCUUUGGGCACAUUAUCCCUUUCACUUGACAGCUGCAGGGGCUUUUUUUAGCAGGGUUAAAAAAUAGUAAUAAGACAUUAUGAGGUGGGCGAGGUGUCAUGUGCUGACACCUUAAGCAUGCUGAUAAUAAAAUGUGCACUAUUUUGUUCUGUUUUAUGUAUAUUUACAUUUUUUGGUGCUGACUGAAAUUGCCAUUGUACGACAGUAGAGCUUGAACUCCAUAAUAGGUCACAUUCACAAAUAGGCUCCCUGCUGACUCAGCUGCUGGUGACCUUUUCAAGAGUGCCCUGGGGUCAACGGGCAUAAAAAUGGACACCUUAAACUACACCAGCAGCCAUGAACAACACUGCAAACUACAACCACAAUAACACACUUAUUGUGUUUACUUUUUAGUUAAAAAAAUAAACGUUAUGUUUGGAAUAUAAAGAUUGUCUUGGACCUCGUGCCAUACCUACCAAAUGACGUCGACGUUGAGAGGCGGCGUAUGACGUCACAAGUGGCUUUUGUUUAAACUGUUACCUAGCUAGCUAGCAAAUUUUGAAUUUCAACUAUUAUUUCAUACAUUUAAUGUUAAUAAAUAAAUUAAUGGGCUUCUCACACGCGCAUUGGUUGGUCAGGAUUGGACUUGUUUAACUAGUUCCUCCACCUUCCUCAUACGUAAGUCUGGAAUACAAAAGAUAUACAGUCAACGGGAAACCAAUGGUGGACUGUCUGCUACUAAAAUAGAUUGUUCCUGUCUAUAUAAAUGAAAGGAUACCGUGAACGCAACACAAUGGCAGACAAGAUAAGAGAUGCUAAAAUUAUCUUUGUGGUCGGUGGUCCCGGUUCCGGUAAGGGCACCCAGUGUGAGAGGGUCGUCGCCAAGUACGGCUACACCCACCUGUCGUCUGGGGAUCUGCUCCGCGCCGAGGUGAGCUCCGGCUCCGAGAGGGGCAAGCAGCUUCAGGCCAUCAUGCAGAGGGGAGAGCUGGUGCCCCUGGACACUGUCUUGGACAUGAUUAAGGACGCCAUGAUUGCCAAAGCGGACGUCUCCAAGGGCUUCCUCAUUGACGGUUACCCCCGUGAGGUGAAGCAGGGCGAGGAGUUCGAGAAGAAGAUCGGCAAACCUUGCCUGCUGUUGUACGUGGACGCCAAAAGCGAGACCAUGGUCAAGAGGCUUCUGAAACGUGGCGAGACAAGCGGCCGCUCGGACGACAACGAGGAGACCAUCAAGAAGCGCCUGGACCUUUACUACAAGGCCACUGAGCCCGUCAUUGCUUUCUACGAGAAAUGCGGCAUUGUCAGAAAGGUCGACUCUGAGCUUCCCGUGGAGGAGGUCUUCAGCCAGGUCUCCAAGGCUAUUGAUGCACUGUAAUACACACUGAGAACAGCAGGGUUGAGUUUCAGGGUAUUUCCCAGCUUCACUAAAGUCCUGUGGAGAAAGUGAACAACUAGAACGCCACUCAGUCGAACACAGACCUGCGCCAAAACCGAACGGUCUUACAAUACUGCAAUCAUCCAUAGAAAGAUGAAAAGAAAACUCUAAAAAUGAAAAAAAGUACUAAAGCAACACAAAUGACGGGUUUGCUAACUUUACAUCAUUAGAUUUACACUUUGACCAAAAGUUUGUUGGAAGUCAUUUGUGUGUAAUCAAGCAAUGAAAGAAAACGUCUAUAAAUGAUUGGAAUUUGAACUAAACUACCCUAAUACAAAGUAAACAAGCACUUUGGGAUCCACAGGUUUUUUUUUUUGCAAGUUGUUUUUCAUUUUUAUGAAAAUAAGGACAUUUUAUAAAACUGCUCGCAAGUGAUUGAAGUUUUUUGGAAACGGGGGUCGGGAACCUUUUUGGUGAAGAGAGCCAUGAACGACACGUUUUAAAAUGUAUUUCUGUGAGAGCCAUGUAAUGUUUUUUAACAUUUAAUACAACUAAACGUGUGCAUUUUAAAGCAAGACCAACAAUUGUAGAAUAUACUGUAAUAAGUAUUCUUUCUAAUAACGUUGUUAUAAAUAAUACUGUAAAAUACUUCUCACGAUUACUGCGACUUCUGGUGCUGAAUGGUUUUGCACCGUACUCUGUAUCUUUUAUUCUUUUCGCCAUCUUCGUCAUCAAAACAGUUGGCUCUGCAGAAUUAGCUGGCUGACUAUUAGAUUAAAGGAGGGAAGUUUACUUGUUGACCUCUCAAUGACCCUAUCAUCCAGUAAAAAUAUUGCAAGGACAGCUGCCAUUGACUGUGGCCACUUGCAUUGCAGUAGAGAAUGGAUGGAUGGAUUAAAAUGCAUAUGAAAGUUUUAUAUUUUGAACUUUAUUUUUAACACCGCGAUUUCUGUAAUGUUUUACUUUAAAAAGAACCCCCCCCCAAAAAAAUCAUUUUAUUGUGAUAAUGUCUAAGAGCCAGAUGCAGUCGCCACAUCUGGCUCCCCAGCCAUAGGUUCCCCACCCCCGUUUUAGCGUAACCCAAAAGAAAUUGAUGAAAACUGUCUAAAAAUGCUUUGUAAGUUUCACAAAAGUAUGCAACUCUAAAAAGUUCGGUUUUGGGAGAUUAUUUUUGCAUAAUCCGUAAGUAAUUAAGGAAAAUGCUUGCAAGUUUCACACAUGUAAGCAACCUGAAUGAAAAGUCAGCAAACACUUCAGAGUUUCAAAAGCUGUUUUUGCAUAGUCCGUAAGAAAUUAAGUCCGCAGACACUUGAGGAGUCGCACUUUAACCCUUGCUUGAGUCAUUGUUGAGCUUUUAAUAAGUAGACAAGCAGAACGUAGAUUUGGAAUGAUCCAUCCAAAGUUGCUUUUGGCAGAGGUAAUAAACUCGUUUCGCACUCACAGGCCAUCAACAAAAGAGAACAUGUGCCUCAAAUCCAACUGAAAGAAAUGAAGGUCAAAGACUAAUCUGCAUAUAGCAGCCCUUCAAAAGCCAUUGGUUGAUAUAUUUAGUUUUUGUGCCAAUUAUAUGAAUCAUGUGCAUAUUUAUUUUGCUUCUCAAGCACUGCUUUACCUCCAUGAAUGUUGUUCCAAAGCACACAUUCACUGAUGUACAUAAAGGUGCAAAGAAUACUGAAUUCUAAUAAAGAAAACCUAUCUACAUGUGACACAAGUGCAUGGUGGAUGACUCUUGUUGGGCUUUCCGGCUUUAUAUUUAGAUUACUUGACAAGACCUCGUAUGACUCGGAAACAGGAAGUGCUCUUCAUGAGAGACACAACAGGAUGACGGACCCCAGGAGUGUUAGCACAGAUUUUC